AUUCAAGGCAGUGGGCCCCCUGCCCAACUUCAUGGCAACAGCUUAAGCCAGCAACUAGCACAAAUGAGUAGUACUCCUGCUCUCCAUGUCCAGCAACUUCCGUCAUCCACACAUUUGUUGCCACUGCCUUCUCACCCUGUCACGCAAACACAACGCAGUACAAGUAUUCCAGGCAGUGGGCCCCCUGCCCAACUUCAUGGCAACAGCUUAAGCCAGCAAUUAGCACCAAUGAGUAAUACUCCUGCUCCCCAUGUCCAGCAAGUUCCGCCAUUUACACCGUUGCUGCCAGUUCCUUCUCAGGCAAUCGUCACAACACAGCAAUCAAGAUCGGCAUCAUCCUUUGCUAUGCCCAAAACAACUGGAAACGAACCGCCGUUCGAAGUAAAAGUUCUGAGCUUCUUAUCCAAAAUUGUAGGCAAUCUCGAUCAAGUGAAAAUUGAGGUGAAUGUGCUAAAAGGAAAGGUUGAUAAUUUAUCGACUUCAACUCAAGAAAAUGAGCCUCUUGCGACUGUGGAAAUUCCUCUUCUACCCGUCAAAACCAUUGAUGAACUGAAGCUGUACGAAGAAGUGCUAACCAAGGAUCUUGAUCAAUUCUUCAAACUGGUACGGUUCGUAAAACAAAUUGGUGGCCUAACGCUUUCUGAUUGUGUCAAACGGGCUUGGGAAAGUGUCCUCACUCUUGAAGUUAGAGUUUUUGUAAACUGGAAUGGUAAACCACGCACAGAGGGAAUUGCGUUCAAAAAUGCGUCCUUGUCCGCGCUGGAGUUCGAGACUAAAAAGGCUGUAAAAACCUGUGCGACCGUUUUGAAAAAGAAACAACUUGGAAUUGAAAUGGAUUCAUCAGAAAGCAACGAGUGAUCUGACCAAAGUAAGCAUAAUUAAACUAAAAUUGGAUGUAUACCUAAUAAUUAUAUUGUAGCGUUCACGCAUCAUUGUAAGAGAACUCUCGCCAUCCGUUAUAACUGUAACGGAUAGACAAACGACCG